ACUAUGUUAAGGCCUCAACAGACGAUAGGGUUUAAAUGUACAGCAUCAAUUAUAGAUAAGAUGUACAGUUUUCAAAUUAAUACAACACCUGCAUUCAGACGGUAAUUCUAGGUAAUUCUAUAUCGUAUGAAUCAUCACGUUUCCCACCUAAUAACAUUUCCCUCCAAAAUGGAUACUUUGCAGGAUUUUGACAAUAUUAUUACUGGAAUAUGUGUUAUUGUUAUAAUUGCUGGUAUUAACCAACUAAGGAGAGAUCGUUUAAGAGGUAGACAAUGGGUCCGGCCAUGGAUAGCAAGGAGGGAGCAAUUGGGGGCUUACCAUGCACUUAUGGAAGAGCUGAGUCAGGAGGACCCACAUUCAUAUAAGAAUUUUGUGAGAAUGGACAAAGCUGCGUUUUCCGAGUUGUUAGAUCUUGUGACUCCACUUAUCAAAAAGAAGGACACCUUAAUGAGGAAUUCAAUUUCUCCAGCAGAGCGGUUAGCCCUGACACUACGUUUUCUUGCUACAGGUGACAGUUAUACAACACUUCAAUACCUCUACAGAAUUCCUUUGACUACUGUCUCAGAGAUUAUCCCAGAAACUUGCCAGGCAAUAUACAAUGUUCUUAGAAACACAUAUCUGAAGGUACCAGACACGCAACAAGAAUGGCAACAUAUUGCAACUCGUUUUGAUGAAAGGUGGCAAUUCCCAAAUUGCAUUGGUGCUAUAGAUGGUAAACAUGUGUCUAUAAAGUGCCCAGCAAACAGCGGAUCACUGUAUUACAAUUACAAACAUUUUUUCAGUGUCAUUUUAUUAGCUAUUGUUGAUGCAGAUUACAACUUCUUGUAUGUUGACGUAGGCAGUGCAGGGAGGUCAAAUGACAGUGGAGUUUUUUGCAAUUCCAAGCUGUAUGAACUGCUUGAAAUUAAUCAACUCGGAGUUCCACCUCCUAAACCUUUGCCUGGCAGAGAUGUGAGUGUUCCCUAUGUCAUUGUUGGAGAUGAUGCUUUCCCUUUAAAGAAUUACCUUUUGAAACCUUAUCCUAACAGACAGCUUAAUGUUGACAAAAGGAUUUUUAACUACAGACUGUCAAGAGCUAGACGAAUAUCAGAAAAUGUGUUUGGAAUCUUGACAAGCCGAUUUAGAAUUUUCCAGCGGCCUAUAUCCUUAGAACCAGCAAAGGCAUGUUUUGUUGUGCUUGCAGUGUGUGCCCUUCACAAUUUUCUCAGGGCGAAACAAUCUUCAAGGAAUUUGUACACUCCUCCAGGAAGUUUUGAUGAGGAUGAAAGGCCUGGGGAAUGGAGAAACGAGACAAGACCUAAUUCAGUUUCUAAUUGUGCACAACAGUCGGGAAAUAGAAAUUCAACAGAUGCCCGUAAUGUCAGAGAUGAAUUUUGUGACUAUUUCAAUACAAAUGGACAAGUACCAUGGCAAUGGGAGUUAGCUUAAAAAUUUUCUUCUUACCAUGUUGCUUAAAGACUGUCGUGGUGUUAUCUGACAAUGGAGAAAAACAUCAAGACUCUCAAAGUGAGACCACUUGCUUUUGUAAACAUCAUCAGUCCCUGCCCCACUUUUUGUCGAUUUUCUUACUUUAGCCAGUUCCUUUGCAUAGUAAGAGCGAAUGUGCUUAAUUUUGGUAUUGAUUUCUUCCACUGAAAUGUAAUGAAACACCUGUAUGAUUUUUGCCAAAUCAGUAUUCAAUAUUACAUAUUAAAUUACAAAUUACAUAUAAAACGACAAUUACAUUAGCAUUGUUUAGGAAUGAUAUUAAAUGAUAUUUAAUUAGACUUUUAAAAUGUAAGUAGUAUUACAAAUGUACCAGUGUAAUAAAAACAUAAAAAAUAAUA